AUGCCGCUCGAUAGUCAGACGUAUCUGAGGAAUAACGGGUGGAAGGGUCAUGGAACUGCUCUGAGGGAAGGUGCUCUGUCUCGUCCGUUGUCUAUACCGCAAAAACGGACGCUUGCGGGUGUUGGGAAGGAUAGAGAUGAGGCAUUUCCGUUCUGGGACCAUGUAUUCGCUGCUGCAAGUAGCGCGAUCCAAAUAAAAGUUGGCAGCGACGACGAGUCCGACUCUGAAUCCACGCCCGCUCCCUCCCUCCGUCGCACAACAACAGGCAUAAUCUCAAACAAACGCCCUCCAACCGGUACCAUAGUCGACCACUCCUCAUCAACGACCCCCGAACCCACCUCACACCCACAAAGCGUAAUGGCAAUAGCCAAACGCGCCGCAGCACGCAAAAACUUAUAUUCGCGCUUCUUCAAGGGGCCGGUGCUGGGGCCAGACGCGACGGAGAAGGAGAUGGUGCAGACGGAGAAGAUGAGCAUGGAGGAGAAGGUACAUGCGGGACAUGAGGAUAUGAGGGACGCGCUGGAGCACGCGCAUAUUGUGCAUCAUACUGGGGAGGAGGCGAAGAGCGGUGACGGAAAGAAUAAGAGGAAACGGGACGAAGUCGACAGGGAGGUAAAGGAGGAAGGAAAGACGAAACGCUCGAGGGAGGAGAAAGAGCAAAGACGGGCUGAGAAGGCGAAGAGGAAAGCGGAGAAGGAGGCACGCCGCGCGGCGAAGGCUUCAGUGUCCACAACGGCUGUGUCCUCUGCCUCUGCCUCUACGUCCAAAUCCGCAUCAGUCGAGCCUGAACCUCUGGCGACUGAGGACGACGCGAAAGCGGUGAAACGACGUGCGAAGGAGGAGCGUCGAAAAGCACGCACAGAACCCGACGGGGGUGUUGAUCCUGAAGCAGGCGCGAAAGCGAAGAGGCGCGCAGAGAGGGAGGAGAGGAAAGCGAAGAAGUUGGCAAAGGAGGUGGAGAAGUCCACAUCAGGGGACUCGGACAAGCCGACGAAGAAGGCGACCCCGACAGUGUUGGAACCUGAAGGAGAGCCGUCUCUAGAGCGCAAGAAGAAGAGACGGCGAGAGGCUGUAGAGGACUCUACCGCAAUGCCUGUAGAUGGCCCUCCCGAGAAGGAAGGCAAGAAAAAGAAGAGGCGACGGGAGUCGUCCGCAUAG